CUGCAGAUCUAGCAGCAUACAGAAUCGGCAACUUACCUACGAGUACCAAUGUUUAGCUCGACGACUACCUAUACGAGUACGUCUCACUGUCAUCUUCUUUAUCCGGUUAUACCCAUUUUGCUAGAUAUGCUCGGGGAUUCGGCCCAUUUUGUUGCAAUCUGUAUCCGUUGCUAGUAUAAGGUAAACUUUUCUCGUUUGCACGUUCCACUUAUAACCGAAUGUAAAUUAUUUCCUAUUUAAAAAAACGUUUUUACUUUUUAUAUCUGGUCUCGAGAUUAGUUGUUUCCAUUUCGGCGAGCGAGUCUUUUAUGCGUAAUUUCAUUGUUUACACGUGUUUAACUACUGCACAUACUAUAAGAUGAAAAUAUAUUCUAGUGUUUUAUUAUAGUGGUGUUUUGGUGUUUGUGAUUGAAUAUUUUUUGUUCACCCUAAUCCUUUUCAUGGAUUUUUACAUAACGAGCCUACAAACGAAUCAAAUCAUGUUCGAGUAGUUAAAAUGAUUGUUAUCAAACCCAUUUUCAUAUGGCUGAGCAUUUUCAUAACAAUUCUCAAUGCACCAUUCGGCGCCAGCGACUCGCAAUCAGAUGACUCCGGGGAAGAUUUUUUGAAAGCUGUAAUCGAUCGACUGAAACAAGACAGAUUUAUCGACGAGUAUGAGUCACCUUUCGAGAAUAUUUUCGGACACCAACGGAGAUCAGUUGACGACUACAAGGGCGAUAAUUCACCGGGAACGUUGGAAAAUACGCUAGAUCAGCAAAACACCCAAUCAGCGAACGGAGAACCAAACAACCAGGUCGCUGGUCUAUACACUUUAGCAAAUAUCAAACCAUGGGAUAGCUUUCAACAAUUCAACGAAAACCCUUAUAAUUCAGACGGAGUCCAAAACCCACCUCAAGAUCCGAACCCAUCCGUUCAUAACCUGGAAGCUUACGCAGCUGGGCUAAACCAACCUCAAAAUACGAACCUGCCAGCUCAAAAUUUGGAAGCUUAUGCAUCCGGACUUGACACAUUUGGUUCGUUGAAUUCGAAUUUGAAUCCUAGUUCUAAUUCGGAUCCGUUGCAUCAUUUUAUCGGUGCAGUGGUCAAUGAUCCACCAUUCCAGUCACCGAAUAAUGCUUUGGGCAGCAAUGAUGUAGCACAAAACAACGAGCUGGCCAUACCGACAUAUUACUUUAAUCCAGCAGACAAUUCGAUAGACGAUAAUUUACUCGACGAAGCAGUGAACGGAUUAAAAACACCUUAUGAUCAACUAGGCCAAGAAUCCGAUAAGAAAUACAUCAUCGAGCCUUUAUUCGUAGCAAUGGCUGGCUUUGUCGGCGUAGCUAUGAUUUUCAUGAGCGCUGUGCUAUUUCUACCCAAAUUGGUGACUCCUCAUCCGCAAGUCAAUGGAUUGAGAGCUCCUCAGGAAUUGGCAGCUUUGACUAAAUUGGCUGUAGAAGCGAUGGACGGAAACGAUUGCACGGAACGGAUAGCUUGCGAAGUGGGUAGAGCCAUGAGAAGUAUGCAAGUCGGAAGUCAACCUAUUAAAAUGAUCGAAGUCAUCUUACCCGCCGGUAUGGCCAAACAAUUGGCUCAAAUUAGAAAGGCUGUAGCUAUCGAACAAUCGUGUAAAUUAAUUCAGUGUAAAAAGCUAACCCCAAUUCAGUUGAAAGUUAAUAAAAAAGCUACCGCUGAGUUGAAAAAUAAUACUAAUGUCAAUAUGAAGAAAAAUGAUAAACCAGAGUCUAAAAAAAAUGAAAAACCUGAGCCGAAGAAAAAUGAAAAACCAGAGCCGAAGAAAAAUGAAAAACCUGAGCCUAAGAAACCAUAAUAGGAUUACCAAAAACUUUUUUUUAAAAAUUAAAAAUACUUGUUUUAUUAUCAUCUGCGUUUACAAUGUUUGAAAUUGGUGAUCUUGGAUUCUGAGUAUACUCGUAAUUCAUACCUGAACUUACAUGAUGAGCCCUUUGAAUCAUUUUUUUCUAUUUCAACCAAAGUAAGGGUUUCAACAUGUUUCUAUUUUUUUUUUUUUUUUUUGUCAAAAAGUGGGAUUGAGAAUUUUUUAAAGCUAUUUCUUCAAGAUAAAGAUCAUAAAGAUGGCUUGGAACAAUUUUUUUCUAUUUUUAAUGGUGUUUCAAUUUUUUUGUUAGGUAGUUCCUUAAUUUGGAGCUCAGUAGCAUCACUUUCGCUUAAGUGUGUUGAAGAAGGACGAGGAGGACAAUUUUUCUUAUCUUUUGAAUUCCUGAAAAGUUCAAAAAAUGAGGGCCUCGAAAAAAUAAUGAAAGCUUCAGAGUUGUUGGGAUUGAAAAAAAUCAUUAAAAAUUAUCAAUAGGUACCUAAAUAUUUGAGUUUUUUUUUUUUUUUUUUUAAAUGGACCUGCAAUUUAUUUUUUAUGUUAUUGAUAGGGCACGAGAGGGCUAAAAUGAUAUUUGUUCUGGGUCCAUCCUGACUCUCUACAGUCCUGUUUUUACUUUGCUCAACCUGCCAAAAAAGUAUCCAAACCAGUAGAAAAAAAAUUGUGUUGAAUUUUCAUUUUUUUUUCAAUUUUCAAGAAAUUUUUCAACUUUAACUUUGAUUAAUUUUUUAUUUAAAAAAAUCAAAAUUUUGAUUAUAUUGAAGUAAAAAGCUGAAACUGAGUUUAAUACCCUGUUUUUGAUCUCUCAAAUCCAUUGGUGAUGAUUUAGAGUCAUUCUGAAGCCUCCGGCGAAUUUUUAGGUCUUUGAAAAAAAUUUAAUAAAAAUGGCACAAAUGGAAUUCAGAAUCCACAAAUCUGAAAGUUCGAUACAACUUUUUUAAAUGACUUUUUAAGCAAAAUAGAAAAUUUGGAAUUUUUAAGAUCGACUGGUAGCCUUUUUGAACAAUUAAGGAACCUCCAAAAAAUUUUAUGCUUCUAGCUUUGACUUUGAACUAUAUUCUGGAGCUUCCAGCGGAUUUGUAAGUUUUUCAGCUCUCAAAAAUCCUGUUUGUUGUUGCUGAAUUUUAUUUAAGCUCUUUUUUUAUUAUUUUUUUUACUGGAAAAUUCAAAAUUUGCUGGAGGCUCCAGAAUUACUUAAAACCACCAUUAAUCUAUUUGGAAGGUUGAAAAUAUCAUAUAAACUAGAUGAACUUCAGCUUCGGUGACGCCUUUAUGGAGAUAAAUUUUCAAUUUUUUUGUUGGUUGGAGUGGGGGGGGGGGGUAAUUUAACCACUGGAGAAAAUUUUAGAAACGAUGGGUUUUCAAAAUGUGUGCCAAAAUCAAUCGAAAAGCUUACAAGGACAGUUAAUCUGAGUUUGUGAGUGCUGAUUUUCAUUCUUGGACUCUUUCAGUAAAGAUUUAUUCAAAACUAAAUUAGGUAUUGAAAAAUUUGCUGGUGGCUUCAGAAUGACUCAAAACCACAGCCAAUUCAUGAGGAAAGUCUAAAAUAUCGUUUAAACCAUAUUUCAGGCUAAAUUGAUAAAUUUUUCAUUUUUCGUUGAUUCGUUUUGAUUUUUUUUUUUUUGAAAAUAUUUAAUCUUUAAAUUUUGAUUACGGAUUUUGAAAAGUGCCAAAAUUAAUUGAAAUGGUUAAAAGGCAAUUAAUCUGAGUAUGUGAGUGUUGAUUUUUAUUUGGGACCUUUUUAUGAGAUUUGUUUCGAAACUGGAUAAUUCAAAAAUUUGCUAGAGGCUUCAAAAUAACUCAUAAUCACCACCAAUCAAUUUGGGAGAUCGAAAAAUAAAUUGUAAACUGAAUUUCAGAUUCGUACUUCAAUUUGGCCAAUUAAUUUUAUUUUUUUUAAUCGAAAAAUGAGCUAAAAAAAAUUAAAAAUAAAAUUCAGCCCCUGAAAUUUGAUUAGGGUGUGUAUUUUUUUGUCUGGUUUGAUCCAAAUGUUUCAGGGAAAGAAACGCGAAUUAAGGGAAACCAUUUUCUCACAAUUCAAGGGAAAAUUGUGAGGAAGCCUGAAAAGGUAUCUAUUUGUUACAUAGAGAUCAAAAACAUUGAAAAUAUUUCUAAAAUUUUUCCUCAAAAUGUGAUCAUUUAUCCCAAAGACCUGAGUGAACUGGUCACAAUAAAAGUAACUUUUCGUUGACAAUUGACAAUUUUUUUGAUUCAUUUUUGCUAUUGAGACUUGGAGAAAGAGAAAAAAAAUUCACCCAUUAUGAUUUCUAGGUAGACCUUGGGUACUUAUUUAUAAUUAACCUACGGUAGAGUUCAUUCUUCACUGAUUUCUAACGAAUGCCUUUGAGCAUUCAAAUUCUGCAGAUGAUAAUAAAAUAACUGUUCGUUCGAUGUCUUAAUUUAUUAUUUUGUAUAUAUUUUUAAAUUAUUAAUUUAUUGUUUUUAAUUUAUUAUGCUUUGUUUUUUGUGUUUUUUCUUGUUUUGUAAUAAAAUAUGUACGUGAAAAAAUUGAUCUUUUUCCG